AUGGUCUCGCGCUGGUGGCUCCGAGUCCAGGCCGUCAUCUGGCGGUCCCUGAUGGGCAUCGGAAUGUUCUUGCACGAUCUGGCUCCUCCGCGUCCUCGCCGACCUCAAUUCACCCGCACCGUCAAGUCCGACCUCCACGGCCACACCGUCGUCCUCCACUUCUAUUGCCCUCCAGACUACGCCCAGCAACGUCGACUUGGCCAUCGGUACCCAGUCGCAGUCAAUUUCCACGGCGGCGGCUUCACCCUCGGCUCCGCCACAGACGACGGCCGUUGGGCCAACUGCGUCGUGCAAGAAGUCGGCGCCGUGGUGGUCAGCGUCGGCUACCGGCUCGCCCCGGAGCACCCGUUCCCCGCGGCCGUGGACGACGGCGUCGACGCACUACUAUACCUGGCCGCACACGCGGGUGAACUCGGCCUCGACGUCAGCCGCGUGGCACUGAGCGGGUUCUCGGCCGGAGGCAAUCUAUCCGUCACCGUGCCGCUGCGGCUGCACGGCCGGGUGUCCACGCAGGUCAAGGAGCGACUGGGGCGGUCGGAAUCCACCCAGCAGCUCGUCGACCAGACAAACGACCUGCGCAUCGUCGCGCUUUUCUGCUGGUAUCCUAUCCUCGACUUCCAGGAGUCGCGCGACCACCGCCGCGCCAUGAGCAACAAUCCCAACAAGACCCUGCCGACUUUCUUCACCAAUCUCUUCGACGAAUCCUACCUGCCUGAUCUCGCCGACCGUGCUUCCCCCUUUGCGUCGCCUGUCUAUGCAUCUGAUAGCGAUCUCGCUGAGGCCCUGCCCCACGACGUCUACCUGUUUAUCUGCGAGUGGGACAUGCUCAUGAAAGAGGGUCAGUCCUUUGUUCGACGCCUGGAGGGACUGGGGAAGCGGGUGCGGUCGAUGAUGAUCGAAAAGGUAGUGCACGCUUGGGAUAAAUCGCCCAAUCCGUUCCGCGACCAGGACAGCAUUGAUGUGCUGUAUCGCGAUGCGUGUGCGGACAUGAAAGCGAUUUUCGAGCGGUGA